AGUGGAGUCCCGGCGCGCGCUCUGGCUCUGCAGUAACCGCGGGCCCCUCUCCGAGGACCUUAGCUUGCAAUUGCGAGCGGCCAUCACCCCCUGCUCACUCUCGGAGCCCGCUCGACCCUCGCAGAGGAUCAGGGACGCAUUCACUGGUUCCGGCAGUGUCCUCGCGGCGGCCAUGGCCACGAAGAUCGACAAGGAGGCGUGUCGCGCGGCGUACAACUUAGUGCGGGACGACGGCUCGUCGGUCAUCUGGGUGACUUUUAAAUACGACGGUGCCACCAUUGUCCCCGGCGAUCAGGGAGCGGAUUACCAGCACUUCAUCCAGCAGUGCACAGAUGACGUCCGGCUGUUUGCCUUCGUGCGUUUCACCACUGGCGACGCCAUGAGCAAAAGGUCCAAGUUUGCCCUCAUCACGUGGAUCGGAGAGGACGUGAGUGGGCUGCAGCGUGCCAAGACGGGGACAGACAAGACCCUGGUGAAGGAGGUGGUCCAGAAUUUUGCAAAGGAGUUUGUGAUCAGCGAUCGGAAGGAGCUAGAGGAAGACUUCAUCAGGAGCGAGCUGAAGAAGGCUGGAGGAGCCAAUUACGAUGCUCAGUCAGAGUAGCUGCAGCCCCACACCCCAGAGCCAUCUGCCUGCUCCACCGAGGAGGAGACUGCCACCUCACGUCACCAGCCCACCGGGGAGGAGAAGCCAUGAGAGGCACCAGCGCCACCAUUGUGUCCAGCCCCCUCCCUCUCCCCUCUCCCCCUCUCCUCCCUCCUCCCCUCUGUGGCCCCUCUCAGGCUCACAGAGCAUCAUUCUUUGAGACCCCCGCCCCCUUUUUGUUUUAAAGGAAAGUCCUUUUGGUGCCAGGGUCACACACAUCAUCAUAUCCCGGGUGCCUCUCUGUCACUGGCCCUUGACCUGGCAUUACCCCUGCCUUCAAUGGCUUGCCUGGUCUAAGCUACUCUGGCCUUGAGUUACUGGGGCUGACCUGGUGCCAUCCCAGCUUACCCUGGCUGUUUCCUGCUAGCCCCAUGCCGGCCACCAUGCCAGGCGCUGUGCACACUCUACAGCCUUCAUGAGCUCACGCAUGCUCCUCAGAACCCGUGGACUGGGCUCCAGGCCCCACCCCUGCCCUGUUCAGAGUGGCCUAAGCUCUAAGUCUGGUAGAUACUGCUUGGCAAUAACAGAUUUAGGUCUGGCGUGGACCGAAUAUGAAGUGACAAAUUUGCCUUAAAUCUUGCCUGGCAGUGGCUCCGCCCACGUGGUCUAAACUACCCUUUUGGCGAAGCCCUUCUGAAGCAUGAGAGGUCUGAGUCCGGCUGUGGUGAGAGUUUCAGGGUCAACCUCAGGGCCUCAAGGAUGACAAAGGAUGGAAAGGUCCCCUGCAGACAGGGAGGCUGGCACAGGCCUCAGGGCACCUGGAAGGGCAGCUACGGUUGGAAUCUUAGUCUGCACAUUCCAAAGAUGGCUUCGUUUGCUUUGAAAGAAAGCUGAGGCAGGCUUGGCUCCUCGGGAGCAGGUGAAGACGGUUCUUUUCCUUCCUCCUCGCUCUUACUACUCUGGGGAAGAAUGCUGCACCGGGCUGGGCUGUGAGGACCGUCUCUGGCAUUCCGACAGUUUACAGAAGUAAAUGUGUUUUUCAAGAAAAAUGAA